AUGUGUCACCAACGUAUAUUCGUUCACGAGCAUUGCGACUGCGUCUGGGACAAAUACCGCAUUCUCUGUGAUGAGCAUGAUACACCUGGUCACACUUUUAAGGACUGGCCCAUCCCUGUCGAUACACCAUGCGACAUACAUCCCGGGGGCACCCCGUUCGUUGUGACCUACUUCCUCCGAGCUGCCGAGUUUGAGUUCCUUGAGGAUGAUGAUUCUAGCACAGACACAAGUUCAAACUUGGAACUUCAGUCUGAGGAAGUAUACGACUCAGAUGAAGAGCGCCAAAUCCACCUUCAACAGGAGGACCGAGGAGAAGAGCAGUGCCGGGCGGCAUAUGGCAGACUGGACGGAAAUCUCCUACCAUUUAUCAACGACAAGUCGUAUCAUGUCCAGGACGACACCAUCAUGCCCAAUAAGGCAUUCUCGACAGAAGAGCCGUACACCUCAGUUCCACCAGUUGACAAAUCUGAGCUGUCUCCUAGUUUUGAUCAUCAUGAAUGUGACGGCGAGGAGGUUUCACAGCUGUACCACCUGCUUCCCCUUGGCAUAGACAAAGUCUGGGUGAUCAAGUUGCAGCACACUCACUCUCUGCUCCCUCCGGUUGAUUUUGUGCUUACCGUACUACAACUGGGCUUCAGCAUCAACCAAGUGUACAUUGAGGAGAAGUCGAUCAAAAUGCAGAAGAUGGACAGAAUUUACUGCGAAGCAAGUUGUGUGAGAAUCUGGCCAGGCGAAGCAGAAGACUCUACAGAAGCGGCCACGCCUCUGCAGAACAGCGGUCGUGCUCUACAGGAUGAGGCAGGAGCCACUCAAAGAAUCAUGCAGGAUGACGAAGCAAUUGGCGUUCUGAACAAGCUACUACUACGUUGGUACUGGUCCCGACUUUGGGUGUCUCAAGAGAUCCUCUUGGCAAGUCGCACGGAAGUCCGAUCCGGCACUUUUGUCGCAGACUGGUGGACGGUCAAGAUAUUGGACACCCUUACCAGCAAUCCGUCCAUUUGGAACCCGAUUGGACUUCGGAAAAUAUCCAUUGGCGACCUGAGCAAAGCAUCAAUGAACAUUGCGCAUUUCAACGUCCCGUCAAGCCAACUUGAGAGCAUCGAAAACCUACUAUUUCCGAACACCCACCUGCAGGCGUCAAGGAACCGCGACAAGCUACAUGCGCUCAUGGACCUUUAUAAUAUUAGGGAUGAUCUGGCCGUUGACUACUCCGAAUCCCUGCGCGGCACAUACAACGACUUCACGCGUUGUUACACUCGGCGCACUGGUGGUCUGAGCUUGCUCUCCGGCGCGGGACUGUGCCAGUCAACCAGAGGCCGAGACAUCAGCCUUCACUCAUGGGUUCCGGACUUCCACUGGACAGAAUUCAGAAAUUCAUUGUUUCUUGCCGCCGAAUUCUCUAAAGCCUUCGACGCAUCUCAACUCGAUGGCAAUGAAUCUAUGUGCAAGGAGACGCAUCGGACAUUCUACAUAGGCCGCGAAAGCCACGGUCUUUCUGGAAAACCUACGAUACAAGCUCUCGCCGAAGGCAGCGUUGUGGACAGUGAUGCGAAAGCUAUGCAAAGAAGUACAGGACAACACGAUCAGGGCAUGAAUUCUUCACUGCUUCGCCUUCUUAGUCUUCUCAAAGACGUCGAAAACUUAUACAAGACAGGUUUUCCUGAACGAGGACGCGAGCUUGAUGUCGCCGCUUUCUUGGUCUUGGUUUGGGCUGGACUCAUGCAAGUCGAUGAAUGGCUCUUGAUAUUUGGCGAAGUAGUGGGCGGUUCGGACAUGGGUCAAGACCAUGAUCACGAGUUUGAGAACAUUCUGUUAGUAUGA